UCAAAUCCCAAUGCAAUUUGGCGGGUUAUAUUUCACAAAUUAUGUUCACUCAAUUUGCUGGCUAACUUUAUGUAACUUAAUCUGCCAUACUCAACUCAUGAGUCAAUAUGAAUAUUAAAUAUAGUCGAAUUUCACAGGCAAAGCACAUGAUAAUUGUGGCUCCCACUUUCUCAUCCUUUAGGUUUAUCUAACUGCUUAAAUAUGGCAGCCAGUUCGAACACAAGUGACACAAAUCUGCAAGCUGCCCGACUUAUCCAGGAGGCUGUUCAGCUGUUACUGAAUAACCAAACACCCAGACACUCAAACCCUGCUGACACUGCAGCAACUACUACUGAACAUAAUACAUGUGAGGGCCAAAUAAGGUCUAUUUCCUCUCAUCUGGCAGUGAGAACAAAUGAAUCUCAUCAAUUUCGAAAUUCCAUUAAUUUCCCUCAGCCAUCAACCUCCAGAACAGAUUUUGUGCUGGCUAAUCUUUCAAGACUUUUCCAGCCUUAUCGACAGCCAGCAGCAAGGCGGUCUACUCAGUCCCGCAGAGUGUAUGAAACACCCUGGUCCCAUAAUUUUUUUUGUCUAGCUGACCCUAAGGCUGAAAUGGCACCUUUAACAGAAGAGCGUAGUGUGUUGCAAAGUGUUGGGCUGGGAAAACAGAAAAUCACUUUCCCCAAUAAUAACAGCUCUUCAUACACCGAAUUUUGUGAACAACUGUUCAGUGCUUAUCCUUUGCUGAGACAGGCUGGAGGGUUUAAAAUAAUGAGAUGUGGAAGGAGCCGGGCACAGAUACCAGUGCCAAAUUCUGGCUACAGCGUGAAAUUUCUUCGAAAUGAGAGUAGUCUCAACAAAGCUUUGGCUUAUAUUGUUCCACUGCAGCAAGCUAUUUAUAUAGAACCAGAAGAGCCUGAAGUAAAGGAGGAGGUAGCUGUUGAGAUGUGCAGGUUGUGCCUUAAACAUGUAGCUGUUCACAAACUGGAAGAACAUGUCAACAAUUGUUCAAGGAGUUGCAGCACAGUAGUGGACCUCACUGAAGAUAAAGAUGCAAGUAAAGACUCAUCUGCUUCAUUGUCAGAAACUGAAGAAUAUGACCUGGAGACAUUUGCAGAAGACAAUGACACAUGUCCUCAGACAACAUCACCACAAACUGGACAAGAUCAGACAACACAUGCGGCAGGACUAAAUACAGGGUGUUUGUAUACACCACUGGGAGACGUAUUGCUGGAUAGCGAUUCAGAGGAAGAUUUAGAGAUGCUAUCAUCUCCUACUCAACCUUACAGUCCAGCUCAUGAUGAGGAUGACCCCGCUAAGGUUUUAAGUAACUUCAGAAAUGAAAACAUUAAUCAUGAAACUACAUUAACUGUGGUGGUUAGAAGAAAGCGUGUACUGCAAAGUGCCAUCACUCCCCUUGGCAAAACAUGCUUUGCAUGGCACAGACGACCACAGGUUGAAUUUGUGGGUGAGCUUGCUGAAGACCAUGGUGGUCCCACAAGGGAGUUUUUCAGGCUUUUGAUGAAGGAGGUCCAAUCAUCCUUGGGAGUUUUUGAGGGACAGGAAGGAAACCUCUUUUUUACGUAUGAUCAGUCAUCUCUAGAUCAGGGCAGGUACUAUACAGCAGGGAAACUGACUGCCUGGUCUCUGAUACAUGGAGGACCAGACCUUAAAGCACUCGACCCAGAUUUGUAUUUGCUAAUGUGCGGUCAGGAUGCAGAUGUAGAGAACUUCCAGUGUGAGGUGUUGCCAGACAGGGAGGUGCAGGAAAAUGUCCUUAAGAUUAAGCAGUGCAACACAGAAGAAGAUUUUGUUAAGCUUAAAGAAGAUCUUGGGGCAUGGAUUGCUGAAUGUGGAGUGCCGCAGAUAUACAGCACAAACAUUUUUCACAGAUCUUCUAACAUGAUCAACCAGUUUAAACAAGGGGUUAACUCUUGUGGUAAACUGUGGGAGACAGUGGAAAGGCACUGGAAUUCCUUCAGGAAUAUCUUCACCCACAAAGAGGGGCUACUGAAAAGGACAUCAUUCAGAUCAUUAUUUAAAGUUGUCUGGAGUGAGAUGGGUUCCAACAGGCGGGAAGCAGAGGAGGACACAAUGUUCUCUUGGGAAUGUCUUCUCAGUUCAAUUGAAGAAAAACAAGUGCAGCUGUCCUUUGAAGACCUGCUUGCGUUUGUGACCGGAGCAGAUGCGGUGCCACCGCUUGGAUUCCCACAGCAGCCUGAAAUUCAGUUCUACGACCAAGAGAGUGCAUCUAAACGUUUUCCCUAUGCCUCUACCUGUUCAACAGUGCUGUAUCUACCAAGAGGUACUUCUUCUGAGAAUGAGCUUCUUGAGAUCCUAAUAGAGGCAGUUCAUGGAUCAGCUGGUUUUGGGGAAAUAUAACAAACCUGUGUAAAAUUCCAUAUGUAAUGCAUUGCUAAAUUUAUCUGCUCAUUUUCAAUAAAUUUUGAUUAAUCUUGGAAGCAUUUGCUAUUUGGUGUAUU